AUGGCCAUCACUAAUGGUGUCGCCAAGUUCGACACCAUCCCGGAGGCCAUUGAGGCAUUUGCCCGCGGAGAAUUCAUCGUCGUCCUAGACGCCACGAACCGCGAAAACGAAGGCGACCUCAUCAUCGCCGCCUCCGACUUCACCGCCGCCAAAGCAGCCUUCAUGAUCCGCCACACCUCCGGCCUCAUCUGCGCCCCCAUCCUGCCCAGCCUGGCGGCCAAACUCGAACUCCCCCAAAUGGUCGCCCACAACACCGACCCCAAAGGCACCGCCUACACCAUCACCAUCGACGCCGCCGAGGACACGACGACGGGCAUUUCCGCCCACGACCGCGCGCUCACGUGCCGCUGGCUUGCGGACCCGAAUGUGCGGAUUGACUCGUUUCGGCGCCCGGGGCAUGUGAUUCCUUUGCAGGCGCGGGAAGGCGGGGUGCGUGUGAGACCCGGCCAUACGGAGGCUGCGGUGGAGUUUUGUCUUUUGGCUGGUAAGGCGCCUGUGGCGGUCAUUGCGGAGUUGGUGGAGGAUGGCGAGGAAGUGCUGGGGCAGGGGGAGCGAGCGGGGGAGUAUGGGAUGAUGAGGCGCGAUGGCUGCUUGGCUUUUGCGAAGAAGUAUGGGCUGAAGGCGGUGACGAUUGAGGACUUGAUAUUGCACCUGGAUGGCGCGAAAGGGAUACAGAGGAACUAA